CUCCCUCUGCCAUCUCCUGGGAUCGCUUUAUCCUUCGCUCGCUGGAGGCUGCAGAGAGCUCCGCAGCAGGUGGGAGCACGAUGGCGGUCCUGGCCUUGCAGAUGGGAGGCCUGGUGCUGUCGGUCCUGGGCUUCCUGGGCACCAUCUUGGCCUGUGCCAUGCCCAUGUGGAAAGUGACGGCCUUCAUUGGCUCCAACAUCAUUGUGGCCCAGGUCUUCUGGGAAGGGCUGUGGAUGAACUGCGUCUACGAGAGCACCGGCCAGAUGCAGUGCAAGGUUUACGACUCCCUGCUAGACCUCCCCGCUGACCUUCAGGCAGCCCGUGCCCUGGUGGUGGUCUCCAUCGCCAUCUCCGCCCUGGCCCUGCUCGUGGCCAUCACCGGAGCCGAGUGCACCCGCUGCGUGGAGGACUCGGAGGCCAAGGGGAGAGUCUCGGCAGUGGCCGGUGGGGGGUUCAUCCUGGCUGGACUGGCUCUGCUCAUCCCCAUCUCCUGGUCCGCCAGCGCCAUCAUCAGCAAUUUCUACAACCCCCUGGUGCCCGAGGCCUUGAAGCGAGAGCUGGGCAUCUCGCUGUAUGUGGGCUGGGCAGGCAGUGCCCUCCUGGUCUUCGGAGGGGCCAUGCUGUGCUGCCACUUCCCACAGAAGGGGAGCACCAAACCUUACCCGGUGAGAUACUUGGCCGGGGGGAGGCACUCCACCCCGGGCAGUUAUGCCCGGAAAGACUAUGUUUGACUGCUAUUUGGGGGGCGCACCUCUUGCUUCAGGAGGGGAAAGGUUUCUCACUUCUAUAGGACUUGUGCAUGGGGAGAACAAAGAAGCUGCAGGAUGCUUCUUGCAAGUUACUCCUUGCCGGAGUAUAAACUCAGGGGGCAUUUGGUACUAAAGGGACACCCAUCCCUGGCAUGAUCAGGGAAUGGUGGGAGUUGUAUUUAGUCCAGCAAGAUCUGGAAGGCCACCGGUUCUCCACCCAUAUCAACCUUUGGCAGAUCGAAUCACAUACCCUCCCAAGUGUCCCUGCUUUCCAGGGUCAGUCCCAAAAUUACAAAAGCAGUCCCAGUUUCUGUU